AUGGAUCCCGGCAGCGGGGGAAAAGGGGGCCGGGCAGAAGGCGGCGACGCAGCAGUCUUAGCCGCCGAGCUCGCCGCCGAGCGGCCGGGCCUGCAUCGCAACGGUCGCUCCGGUACGCCUCUGCUCUACAAGGCCGAGGAUAUGGGCAACGGCGACGCCCAGCGCGGCCUCCUACGGUCUCGAGACGGCGACGACGAUGAUGACGAGCGCGCAACAAGCCUCGACUUGGAGCCUGGCGACGACCCGCACGACCCGCUGCAUCCGCCGACCUUCAGCAGACAGUCGACGAUGCACAGCCGGGCCCCGCUCGCGGCGGCGGCGGCGGCGUCGGCGCGCAAAAAGUACUCGUACGCGGCCGUCUUCCUCGCCAUCAGCCUCGUCACCUUUGCCAUCCAGACGGAGCUGAGCGCCCACAUCCAGCACGACCUCGGCUGGGACAAGGCCUACUGCAUGAUGUACUUUACCCACGGCUCCUGGAUCGUCCUCUAUCCCGCCAUGCUCCUGGUCCUGCGCAUGCAGAAACUCAAGGAGCCCUGGCCCGUCUUCUGGAGGCGCCACAAGCAGCUGCUGUCGUCGACCAUCGCCAUGAUUGAGCUGCAGACGCUUGACGUCUUCUCGCCCUCGGCCCAGCGUCGCGCCCGGCCCAUGCUGUACCUGAUCCGCACCACCGCCUUCAUCACCUCGGCCCUGACCAUUGCCGGCCUGAGCUGGUACGUGGCCGUCAGCCUCACCACGCCCUCGGACCUGACGGCCAUCUACAACUGCUCCGCCUUCUUCGCGUACCUCUUCUCCGUCCCCAUCCUGCGCGAGCCCCUGCGUCUCGACAAGUCCGUCGCCGUCUUCAUUGCCAUCAUCGGCGUCCUGGUGGUGGCCUACGGCGACACGGGCGGCGGCGGCGGCGACACCGAGGCGGGCCCUGGCAACAAGCAGCCCGGCGCGGGCAGCCGCUUCGUCGGCAACCUGGUCAUUGGCGUCGGCUCGGUGCUCUACGGCCUCUACGAAGUGCUCUACAAGCGCUACGCCUGCCCGCCUGAGGGCGUCUCUCCCGGCCGGGGCACUAUCUUUGCCAACACGUUCGGCGCCUGCAUCGGCCUCUUCACCCUCACCGUGCUCUGGAUCCCGCUCCCGAUCCUGCACAUACUCAACAUUGAGAAGUUUGAGCUGCCCGACGCAUCCACGGGCUGGCUCGUCCUCGUUGCCGUGCUGGCCAACGCCACCUUUAGCGGCUCCUUUCUCGUCCUCAUCUCGCUCACAUCGCCGGUGCUGUCGUCGGUGGCCGCAUUGCUCACCAUCUUCAUCGUCGCCCUCGCUGAUUGGUUUCUGACGGGCCAGCCCCUGAGCUGGGCGGCCAUCAUCGGCGGGUCCAUGAUCAUCGUGGCCUUUGUUGGCCUGAGCUGGAGCACAUACCGCGAAAUGGCCGAGCACGAGGCGCGAAAGCUUGCCGUCGACCUGACCGAUAGCGACGAGGACGCGGACCUGUCGCCCGGCGAUCACUGA